AUGCUUCGCCUAGCCACCGGCAUACGUCGAAAUGGUCUUGUGGCCUCCGGGGGGAUAUUGUCGCAGAGACCGGGGUCCCUAGGGCCCGUGGGAUUGCGGCGGUUGGCUUCGACUGUGACAGAUCUCAGCAGCUAUCCCUCAGUGGGCGAACGGCUUCACGGCUUUACAGUUAAAGAAAGGAAGCAUGUGCCAGAGCUGCAUCUUUCGGCUGUUCUCCUCAAGCACGACAAGACAGAUGCAGAUUACCUUCAUAUUGCCAGAGACGACAAGAACAAUGUCUUUGGUAUUGGGUUCAAGACCAAUCCUCCAGAUGCCACGGGAGUUCCUCAUAUCCUUGAACACACCACAUUAUGCGGAAGUGAAAAAUAUCCAGUCCGCGAUCCCUUUUUUAAAAUGCUCCCUCGAUCACUGUCCAAUUUCAUGAAUGCGUUUACCUCUUCCGACCACACCACAUACCCCUUUGCAACGACAAACAAGCAGGACUUUCAGAAUCUGUUAUCCGUCUAUCUCGAUGCCACGCUGCAUCCGUUGUUGAAGAAGGACGAUUUUAAGCAAGAGGGGUGGAGACUUGGACCGGAGAAUCCACGAGCUGCAGAGCAAUCGGAUGCAAAGAACAAAGAAUUGGAUGAAAUUGUCUUCAAGGGUGUUGUCUACAACGAAAUGAAGGGACAGAUGUCUGAUGCCAACUAUCUCUAUUACAUCCGGUUCAAAGAGAGCAUUUUCCCGGCAAUUCAUAAUUCUGGUGGCGACCCUCAGUAUAUCACGGAUCUGACGCAUGAACAAUUGGUCCAAUUCUCGAAGAAGAAUUAUCACCCAAGCAACGCCAAGAUAGUGACCUAUGGCGAUAUGCCUUUAGCUGAUCACUUGAAACAGAUUGGAGAUGUCUUGAAUGGGUUCGAGAGGAAAGAGGCGGACAAAGACAUAAAGCUACCGCUUGAUCUCAGCAGUGGGCCUACAGAGGUCACUCUCCCCGGUCCGAUCGAUUCAUUUACCAGUGAAGAUCGACAGUACAAAACGUCAAGUUCAUGGCUUAUGGGUGAUGCAACAGACAUUGUGGAAACCUUUUCGACUGGUAUAUUGUCUUCACUGUUGCUCGACGGUUAUGGAUCUCCCAUGUAUAGAGCUCUGAUUGAAAGCGAGCUUGGCUCAUCUUUCACCCCGAACACCGGGCUCGAUACAUCAGCCAAAAAGCCAAUCUUCUCUAUUGGCGUAAAUGGCGUCCGCGAAGAAGAUGUAGGCAAAGUCCACGAGGUGAUUCGUGGUGUCUACGAAGAAGUCAUUGCUACCGGAUUCAACGAUGAAAAGGUUCAAGGGUUCCUUCAUCAACUAGAACUUGCAUUAAGACACAAGACCGCCAACUUUGGUAUUGGAGUCAUGGAAAAAACAUUGUCGUCCUGGUUCAAUGGUAGCGAUCCUCUUAAAGAGCUUGCUUGGAACGAUGUCAUCAAUGAGUUCAAGAGAAGAUAUGCCGAGGGCGGAUAUCUGGAGUCUCUUGUGCAAAAGUACCUGCUCAACGACAACUACAUGAAAUUUACAAUGGUUGGGUCACCAACUUAUAAUUCAGAUCUCGACGAGCAAGAAAGGGUUCGCAAGGAUACCAAGCUCUCCGAUCUGAUAUCGAAACACGGCUCUGUAGAGAAGGUCAUUACAGAGUUGGAGAAAUCCGAACUUGAUCUUCUCAAAGUGCAAGAAGACGCACAGCUUGCGGAUGUAAGCUGCUUGCCAACACUCCGCGUCUCAGAUAUCUCAAGACAGAAAGAACGCAAACCUAUUCGGGAGUCCAAGGUUGGUAACGUUGAAGUCGUGUGGCGUGAAGCUCCUACCAAUGGUUUGACCUAUUUCCAAGCAUUGAGCCCAUUUGAAGGUCUGCCAAAUGAGCUCCGUUUGUUGAUGCCUCUGUUUCACGACUGCAUUAUGCGUCUUGGCACACCUGGGAGAAGCAUGGAGCAAUGGGAAGAUUUGAUCAAACUCAAGACCGGAGGAGUUUCUACUUCGUCUUAUUUGGUUUCAUCGCCGACUGAGCUAGGAAAAUACAAAGAGGGUCUACAGAUUAGCGGUUUUGCCAUUGAUAAAAAUAUUCCUACUAUGCUGGAUAUCAUCCGGACCCUUAUCACAGAGACAGACUUUACGAGCCACGAGGCUCCACGGAUGAUACUAGAAUUACUUCGUUCUACAACCAAUGGUGCCUUGGACGCAGUUGCGGGUACCGGUCAUCGUUUCGCAGUUAAUGCCGCUGCAGCUACAUUGAACAAAAGUUUCUGGAUUCAGGAACAACAAUCUGGUUUGGCUCAGUUACAGGCGACAGCCAAUCUUUUGAAUGAUGCCACUACAUCACCGGAGAAACUCAAUGCAAUUAUUGAGAAACUUCGUUUGAUCCAGAGUUUUGCCAUUUCCCAGUCGUCUAAUCUUCGUGUGCGCAUGGUUUGCGAAGCAGAUAGUGCUGCAGACAAUGAGGCGUCGCUACAAAAAUGGCUAGCAGCUCUUCCCAAAUCAGGGACGAUGCCUGCUGUGUCUAAGCAUGAGUCAGACAUACCCAUUACCCCUACGAGCAACGUCCUCUACGAUAUGCCAUAUAAGGUGUACUAUUCAGGUCUUGCCAUGGAGACCGUCCCCUUCAUUGAUCCCAGCAGUGCAUCGUUGAGCGUUCUAUCCCAACUCCUAACCCACAAAUACCUCCACCCCGAAAUCCGUGAAAAGGGCGGUGCCUACGGAGCCGGAGCCAGCAACGGUCCCAUCAAGGGCAUCUUCACAUUAUCGAGCUACCGGGAUCCAAAUCCCCUCAAUACCCUGAACGUAUUCAAAAAGACCGGCAUCUUCGCCCGCGACCGUUCGUGGACCGAGCAAGAACUCGAAGAGGCGAAAUUGAGUAUUUUCCAAGGUCUCGAUGCGCCCACCAGUGUGGACGAGGAAGGAUCGCGAUAUUUCACGAGUGGUGUUACGCAUGAAAUGGAUCAACGAUGGAGAGAGCAGGUACUAGACGUCACGGCCAAGGAUGUCAAUGAAGUCGCUGCUCGGUUUCUGGUUGGUGGCAGCGAGAAUGCGCUACUUCGUCAGGCGCUUUGCGUAUUAGGUGAGAAGAAGGGGGACCUUACCGCUAGUGGCGAGUGGACUGUGAAGAAGCUCUCACUGCAGUCUCAGGAAGCCGAGGUGGAUGGGUUUGAGGGUGUUGAUGCUGCUUUAGCAUAGAACACUUAUAAAAUAGCAUCUUCACUCUGGAGUUUUGUCGAUUCUUUCAUGUUUUGAUAUAUAACAUCAUCUUUUGAUAUACCCUUACUCUGUACGAUAUGAUAAUGGGUUGACUUGCAUAUCACUGUUUUGCAAUGUACAAAUAUUUGCUCUGGCUUUUACCCAGAUCUUUCUCAACCAUGCA